GGAAGUCGUUCAUGGCCAUAAUCACGUGAUAAACAUCACGUGAAAAAUUCUUUGAAUCUGCGAAUAACUAGUUACUGCAGCGGGGACCCGUAACGUUCCCUCUCUUUCGCAACGUCGACGCAAUGGCUCAGAUUUCCAAGAAGAGAAAGUUCGUAGCCGACGGUGUUUUCUUCGCCGAACUCAACGAGUUCCUUACUCGUGAGUUGGCCGAGGAAGGUUACUCAGGUGUUGAGGUCCGCGUCACCCCUGCCCGUACCGAGAUCAUUAUCCGGGCUACUCGUACCCAGAACGUUCUUGGUGAGAAGGGUCGCCGUAUCCGCGAGUUGACCUCUGUCGUCCAGAAGAGGUUCAACUUCCCUGAGAACACUGUCGAGCUCUACGCGGAGAAAGUUAACAACCGUGGUCUUUGCGCCAUCGCUCAGGCCGAGUCUCUCCGCUACAAGCUUCUUGGUGGUUUGGCUGUGCGGAGGGCUUGCUACGGUGUCGUCCGUUUUAUUAUGGAGUCCGGUGCCAAAGGUUGCGAAGUUGUUGUAUCUGGUAAGCUCCGUGGUGCCCGUGCAAAGUCUAUGAAGUUCGUGGACGGCUUCAUGAUUCACUCUGGUCAACCCACCCGCGACUACAUUGACAACGCUACCCGCCACGUUCUCUUGCGUCAAGGUGUCUUGGGUAUUCGGGUGAAGAUCAUGCUCGAAUGGGACCCCACAGGAAAGGUCGGACCCAAGAAGCCACUUCCCGACAACGUCACCAUCUUGGAGCCAAAGGAGGAGGACAUCCCUGUGCCUGCCCCCAUCGCUCUUCCCACUGCCGCCCCCGUCGAACAGAGUGUCGAAGCCCCAGUUGCUACGGCUUAAAUUGGGACCAUGGAGGGUGGAGUGUUCUUGUAUAUGGAUAGGGAGCUCAAUUGAUUUUUAUACUUUCAUUAGUACCCAGACUGCGCGUCAGUAACGCAUUUUAGUGAUCAAGAUUGAUGUAGUGCAUCACUCAGCAAUAGCGCAGGAGCUCGCUUUCAUUCCAUUAGGUGAAAAAAGCGUAUAUUCAAAAGCCGCUACCAUAUACACAAGAAAAAGGGGAGGGAUAGUUAUACUAAGGCAGAAUGGUGAAGAUCGCAGAGCUAUUAAGCAUUGCCUGGUGCUAGGCCCCAGACUCGUAUUGUGUGAUCGUCUGAUGCGGAGGCAAACAUAUUCCGUUUCGGAUUCCAACUAACGCAAUUGACGCAACCUACAG